AUGUCACAAGUACGGAAGCAAGUAUUGACACGAUCGUCUUUGGCAUGCCUGUCUUGUCGCUCUCGUCAUCAAAAAUGCGACGCCAAGAAGCCACAGUGCACCCGUUGCAGUGAGGCGGACCGUAACUGCCAGUACACGAAAUCUCGCCGCGGCGCCAACAUUCCAAGGGAAGACUUACCGCGGCGUCAUCAGACAGUUCACACACCAAAUCAGCUCGACGAGUACAUUUCCACGCUCAUUACACCUCCAGAUAUCGAAGCGCUUGCGCCGGUUAGCUUUUUGCCCUACAGCUCUACAGCUUCCGCCCCGCCAAGCGCCCCAGACAGCCUCUCACCUCAAAAAGACUAUAAAGAAGUGCGCUCAAGAGGGAGCUCCCGAAUCUCCGUGUCGCCAAAACUCAGCAAAGACACGCUUAUUGAGGCAUACUACGAAAACUUUCAUAAAUUCCACCCGUUGGUUCUACCUCGCCGCCGUUUGGUCGAAUUCCUGGACGAUCCGAAUUGGAGAUCUAGGCUGGAGCCGCUUAUUGCCACCAUCAAACUAAUAGGGAAUCUUUAUCUGACCCAGGAUUGGUCUGAUGCCCUCCAGAAUGAUGCGGAGAUGAAGAUUGAGGGUCUGGCAAACACGGAUCCAAUCCGUGUUCAAUGUCAUCUAUUGUACUCGGCAGCAUUAUUUUGGCAAGACCAGAAAGAAAAGUCUCAGCUUGAGAUGGGAAAAGCUGUUGAAACUGCUCUCGAGCUCAGAAUGUUUGACAGAGAGUUUGCAACAGCACACAGUGGCCAAGAUGCGGUAGUUGCCGAGUGCUGGAGGCGGACGUGGUGGAUGGUCUAUGUGUUCGACGCAUUCUAUGCAGGCACGCUAGGAAAGGUCCAGUUUUCAGUUGCACAUAUAGAUGCGACUGCUGAUUUGCCGUGUGAAGAAGUGCAAUAUGAGUCGGCAACUAUUCCGGAAUCUAUAUCACUGCGCGAGUGGGACUGCAGAGAGUUUGACGAAGAAGAGAAGCCGUUCUCUUCCUUUGCCCACCUCAUCGGGGCCAUAAGGUGCGCAACGCUGGCGAAAGAGGCUUCCCUGAAGAGCGACCCUCGAAAGAAGCCCGACGACGUACUCCACGUCGCAGAUUCGAUUCUGGACAGCUGGCUACUCCUUCUGCCAAAAACAAAGAAGCAAGUCAUGCUGCGCAGCGGCGAAAUUGACGAGCUUUUAUUUCAGGCUCAUCUGCUAAUACAUGUCGUCAUGAUCGGAUUUCAUCGGCCGCUCUCAGAUCUCAAGUUUAAUGCAGUGGAAGAUAUCUCGAGCUGCGCUAGGGAUCCUGCGCCCGACGGACCGACCCCAGAGCAUAUCAAUGUUCACACAGUGCGGGUACUGCGAUCAGUUGAAUCACAAAUUCGACUCCUCGCGCUUCCGUCGCGACCUUUCAAUCACACGCCAUUCUGCACUUGCAUGGUCAGCGAAGGGACCCUUGCUCUUCUGUCGGCAUGCAAGUUUCUAUUGAGAGGGCACGAGCUUGCCAUCGCGCGGGAUCAGAUACGUCUCACCAUUGGGUGCUUGAAGAACAUGGGUGAUUUGUGGCCGAGGACAUCCCGCAAUGUGUCACAGAUCCAGGCCAUAGCAAAACAUGUUCUAGGUAUCGAAGCGCGCGCCGCACCCAAGGAUGCAUCUGGCUCUGCGCACUCCGCAACAUCCGUCUCUGACGGAAACGGAAGCUCUACCGAUAUUACGAGUUCUUCAAAUAGUGAUGUGUUCUCUACUAUCCGCGAUUUUGACGACAUUUGUGGGUGGUAUGACAUUGGCGAGAUGGAUUCGGCUUUGCCGUUUUGGCCAGCUGAUCAAAGUGCUUGA